UAGUUGAUACUUGAGUGAUAGCUUGUUAAUUGUUUUGAGGUCUUGACUCUUGUUAAUCAUAAAUCAUAAUAUCGUUACAACUUCGAAACUAAAAAAAACAUAAACAUAAAAUAGUGAAUAAAGAAACAUUUAAUAUACCCAAUCUAUGGCUGUGUAUAUACUUAUUACUUUCAUUAAUUGCUAGUUAAUUCUUUCCACACUGUUUUGUAACUAAAAACAAUUCUAACAAGUUACCUGUUGUUUUAUAUAUUAUUCAUUAUUAUACCUUUAGGAGUAUUUAUAGUGCGGUAUACACUAUCGACAAUCGACAAAAAUACCUCCAAAAUUGCGAUGCACGACGAUAAUUUUUUGUUAAGCAACCGAAUACGAGGGGUUGAUGGAACUGCAUACUAUGUAUCAGAUUUUAUAACGGAGGCAGAAGAGAAAAAUAUUUUAAGUAAUGUGUAUGGUGUUCCGAAGCCGAAAUGGACACAACUGUCAAAUAGAAGACUACAAAAUUGGGGUGGAAUCCCCCAUAACAAAGGCAUGAUAGCUGAAAGUAUUCCAAUUUGGCUUAGCAAUUACUUAUUAAAGAUUGACAAAUUAAAUUUAAUGAAUGGGAAUAAGCCUAAUCAUAUAUUGGUAAAUGAAUAUACUCCAGGACAAGGCAUCUUACCCCACCUUGAUGGAUUUUUAUUUUACCCUACAAUCACUACAAUUUCUCUAGCCUCACAUGCUAUUUUGAAUUUUUAUGAACCAAUUUCUAAACAUACGAAUAGUUUGAAACCAAGAUUUUCAUUUCUCUUAGAGCCUAGAAGUUUAUUGAUUCUACAAGAUAAAUUGUUUAGCCAUUAUUUGCAUGGCAUAGAAGAUAUUUAUGAAGAUAUAAUUACUGACUCAAUAUUAAAUUUAGAUAUGUGUUCAAGUAAAUAUAGCAUAGAAAAGAAAAUUAUGCGUGAAACUAGGAUAUCGUUAACAAUAAGACAUGUUCCAAAAACAACUAUGUUUAAGAUUAAUAUUGGGAAGCAAUAGUAUUGUCUUAGAUAUUAAAGUAAUAAAUUUAUAAUUAUACUAAA